UCAUUGGCUUUUGGCGGCGAUAGUUCCCUGCCAGCGCUUGCCCAUGCAGCCUUCAAUGAAUAUUGUAUGCGGUCUGUGGUGCUGAUCAGUGGAAUCGGCGCGUCGCGAGCGGCGAAGGCACCCCGCGUUGCGCGCGGCGGAUGAUGGAAUUCCUCCCAGAGACCGGAGCCGCGCGACCAGGACCGCGUCCCUUCGUAAUCAGGUAAGGGGGAGGCAAGAGGAGAACCGCGGCGGGGAAAAUGUUCUGCGCCAAGCUGAAGGAGCUGAAGAUAUCGGGAGAGUGCCCGUUCUCCGGCAGCGCCAGGGAGGACGAGCUGGGAGACUUCGAGGAGCGCUCAACUGACGCCGCGGAAUUGAUGCCCAUUUCUAAGGACGUGCACGGCAAAAUCGGCGGGGAGCUGCCGCGACGGAAGAGCGGCAGAGCCAAAGUUAACCUGCACACACUUGGAGACAGCAUCGCUAAAUUGGCGUGUCCCGAGUUUCAGAGGCUGCACGCUGCUCUUCAGCGAGUGAUGCGACCAGCAGAUCACGCCAGCCUCAGCGUUUGCUGCGCAGACUAUCAGAGCCGCAGCGACGAAGCGGAGCAUUUAGUGGAGAUGAUGAACACGUACUCAGCCACAACAGCGAUCCCUCUGGAGGCGCUGAAAGUUUCUCUGGGCGAGGAGCUCUUCGGCAUGUGCUACGAGGAGGACGGGCACGUUUUGAGGGUGGUGGGGGGGGCCCUCCACGACUUCCUCAACAGCUUCAACGUCCUGCUGAAACAGAGCGGCACGCAGCCAAAGUCAGACGGCGAGGGUUCUGUAAACGAGCCCUCGGUGCUGUGCUUAGACAAGGAUCCGGGUCUGCUUACUGUCUACUUCUUCAACCCCCGCCCGACUACUGAGCUCUUCUUCCCUGGAGUUAUCAAGGCCGCUGCAUGCGUGCUGUACCACACCACUGUGGAGGUGCUGAUGGACCUAGCUAGUGCUAAGGACAGCAUCCUGCAGUCCAACCCGCAGCCAAGUCUUCUCUACACAGUCGUUGUUAAGGAUGCUAAAAGUCUUAGCCCCAGUCCACUGAGGGCCACCUCCGCCGGGACUCUUCCUACCUCUCUGUUCUCCACUAUCUUCCCAUUCCACCUGAUCCUGGACCCGGACUUGGCUCUGGUUCAAAUCGGACACGGGCUCAGAAAGCGACUGAGCAGGAAGGACGGACUGAGGCGAUCGGCCACCUUCCAGGAGCAUUUCUCCAUAGUCUCCCCCCAGAUCAAAUGCACCUUUCAGGGUAUCCUGACCAUGCUGAACACGCAGUUCAUCAUCCGGAUCAAGCACGGAGCGUCCACCACAGACCACGCACGGAAGCUCAUGCACCUCAAAGGCCAGAUGAUCUACGUGGCCGAGUCCAGCGCCAUCCUGUUCCUGGGCUCGCCGUGCGUGGACAAGCUGGAGGAGCUGACGGGCUGCGGCCUGUACCUGUCCGACAUCCCGGUCCACAACGCGCUGCGCGACGUGGUGCUGGUGGGCGAGCAGGCCAAGGCCCAGGACGGCCUGAAGAAGCGGCUGGGCAAGGCCAAGGCGGCGCUGGAGCGCGCCCACCAGGCGCUGGAGGAGGAGAAGAGGAAGACGGUGGAGCUGCUGUUCUCCAUCUUCCCCGGCACCGUGGCCCGGCAGCUGUGGCAGGGCCAGGCGGUCCAGGCCAAGAAGUUCCGCGGCGUCACCAUGCUCUUCUCCGACAUCGUGGGCUUCACGGCGGUUUGCUCCCUCUGCACGCCGAUGCAGGUCAUCACCAUGCUCAACGAGCUGUACACCAGGUUUGACCACCACUGCGGAGAGCUCGACGUCUAUAAGGUGGAGACGAUCGGCGACGCGUACUGCGUGGCGGGCGGCCUACACAGGGAGAGCGACACCCACGCGGUCCAGAUCGCCCUCAUGGCCUUGAAGAUGAUGGAGCUCUCAGACGAGGUCAUGACGCCAACUGGAGACCCGAUAUUGAUGCGCAUUGGCCUCCACAGUGGCUCAGUGCUGGCUGGUGUAGUUGGAGUGAAGAUGCCGCGCUACUGCCUUUUUGGGAACAACGUCACGCUGGCUAACAAGUUUGAAUCCUGCAGCCAACCCGGGAAAAUCAAUAUCAGUCCUACAACCCACAGGUUGCUGAAGGAUCGCCCAGAGUUCGUGUUCGUUCCCAGGAGCAGACAGGAGCUUCCGGCCAACUUCCCAGAAGACAUCCCUGGUGUUUGUUACUUUUUGGAGGCGCCUCUCAAAAGUUCCAAACUGCCUCUGAAAUGAAGCCGAGCUGCUGCACGGCCCGGAAAUAUAUGAUAUGAAGGAACAUCCAUGCAUUCACUGAAUGCAGUGCAAACACCUUGUGUAUUUUGGUUUGGGUUCUUUAGACAUUGAUGGUAUUGUCUAUUAGUCAAACUACUGCAGCUGCUUAAUUACAGAGAUGUCAGUUUGCUGUCAAACAUGAGUCUUGUCUCUGUGCAAUUAUCCAUUUGUACAAUUGUCGUGGAAAGAAACAGUCUUCUUUCAUUUUCUUCCAGAAUGAGUCAUCUCUGCAAACUGAUAUAUAUAUAAAAAGGUGACUUUAUUUCCAAGGUUCCACCACAGACUAGUGAUGAAAAGAUAAAAUGUUGUGAAAACGUUCACAUGAUGUUUGAAACGCAUCAGUAGCCGUCUUUGAUUUGCAGGUUUAUAAUGAAUUCUGAAUAUUUCAUCCUGCAUAGAGUAGAUGAGAGAAACAUACAUUGUGGAUGCUGAUCCUCAGUGCGACGUCGCUUAAUAGAGUAGUUUUUAUAAAGAUUGUUUUCUGUGAAUAAUUCAACUGGUCUGUUCACAUCUGUCUAGAAAAAGUUCUUGCUAAAGCAACAUGGCCUGUUGGGACUGCACAAGAAAUCCUGAUGAAAUCUGAAUCAUCUUUGUGUAUUCAGUGGCGAGACCUUAUAUAACAAUAAUAGAUAAGAAUAUGUAAAACCUAAAAUAUCUGCGAACAAAUAAUGCAACAUGAAGCAGAAUCAGGUGCCUUACGAGAACAAGAGGCAGGAUUGCUAAUGUUACAGUUUUUAAAAGUAUUUUAGUUACUUUCAUCACUUUGUUUUUUUUAGAUAUGGUUUCUUCCAAGUUAUUUCCAACUUCCAGUUAUUAAACAUACACCAGUACACCAUGGUUCAUUCUUCCUAAUAUAAUUGUAUUUCAUUCUUCUACAUUUGUAAUGUACAGUAUUAUUACUUUUUCACAGUACUCAUUUAUACUAUAUUUAUUACAUGUAGAUGGGUUUCAUAGCACCUCUUUCUUAACUAGGGGAUACGACACAGCAAGAAAGCAAUGAAUGUCCACUGACCUACCACGUACAAUGAUGUGCUUGAAUCAUUAUUAUUGUAAUUUAAUAAAAGCGCAAUAAAUACUGAUAUUAUCAGA